UCUGUUACCGCUAUGGCUUUGUUAAGCGUUGCUCUGUUGCUGUUGAUCAUGGUUUUGGGUUCCCAUGAGCACGGCAUGUUGAUAGACCCUGUUAACCGUAGUUCCAUGUGGCGCUACGGCUUCAACACACCAGCAAAUUAUGAAGACAAUCAACUCUUCUGUGGUGGUCGCUCGGUCCAGUGGGACCAGAACGGUGGCAAGUGCGGGUUGUGUGGCGACAACUAUUCAUUGAAGCUACCUAGACCUAACGAAAAUGGCGGAACUUUUGGCACGGGUGUUGUUGUGGCACAGUAUCGAGCUGGCUCCAUCAUAAAAACUACGACGAAACUAACAGCAAAUCAUGCAGGCCACGUUGAGUUCCGGCUUUGCCCACUGGCAUCCAAAAAAGAUCUCGAGACAGAAGAUUGCUUCGAAAAGUAUCCGCUGCGCCUGAAAGAUGGCAGCACUUCCUACAAAAUACCCGGCAAGAUUACUGGAGAAAUUGAAAUCGAUUUAGUCCUACCUGACGUCAAGUGUGAGCAAUGCGUCCUUCAGUGGACAUACGUAACAGGAAACUCUUGGGGCAUUUGUGAGGAUGGCACGGGUGCUUUGGGCUGCGGCCCACAGGAAACUUUCCGCACCUGCUCGGACAUAUCCCUCUCUUGAAGGACUCACUACGCCUAAAUUUGUAUCUGAUCUUUAAUUCCAUAAACUGAAGAUCAGUGAAUUGUACCUGAAUACAAUACCGGUAUAUAUAA